AUGUUCUCCUACGAAACCUCUCUUCGCGAAAAAAAUCGAAGGCUUUUGGCUAACAGGUAGAGUUUUUGAAGUUUGAAAAUGAAUAACUGAUAUCAUUUUUGUAGCCGUGAAAGAAGACGAGUUCACACUUUGAAUGACAUGUAUCAACAGCUUCUCAGUUUGUUACCUCCUGCGGCAAAACGAAUCAAACUUUCAAGAGUUCAGAUUUUGAGGUAUGUUGUUGGACUUUUUCAAGAAUCGUUUUAUUAUUUUAGUUUGAAAGAUGGUUUUCGUUAAAAAUUUUUUUAAAUAAUAAAAUUUUAAUAAAAUAAUUUAUGUUUCCAGAGAGGCAAUCAACUAUAUAAACAGUCUCCGAGCAUAUUUAAUGCUGGAAAAUAUUGAAGGAAUCAGUGCUGAAGUCCUAUUCCCACACGCAUUCAGUCGUCGAAUCUACGACAAUCGUUUGCAAAGUUAUCGAAGAAUAUUCAUCCCAUCUGAAGAUUUCAUCCAACAUUCCACUCCAAUCGACAAUAACCAAUAG